CUUGCACUUUUACGUGUGCUUUUCUAAAAGUGACUUAGAAGCCACCUUUUGUUUGAAAAGCCGCAUUUGAGAUACUUUCAUCAAUGAAUCGGGAUGUGGAUCUUUGUCAAAUGUUUAACAUUUUUAAUUCGUAGAUAGGGUGUUUCGCAUCCACUUCUUCAGAUGGCGCAUCGUGAGAAGCGACACAAAAAAUUCUCGCGGCGAUUUUCAAAUUCCCCUUUGCGCACAGAACUCUCAAGUUAAAAAUAUUCGUUUUUUACGAACUCGCACUGUUUGUCCCAUUGUUGAAUCUACUCAAUUGAGUUGACCAAUCAGGACGAAAAAGCAAAGAUCUUUUUAUCAUGAUUGGUUAAUCAAAUGCUGCUCUAUGUAGGGUUUUGGAACUCAUUAUUGGGUAUGGGACGCGUUACAAAACUCAUCGAGGGAAGUAGUCGUCUUUAAUCAUCUGGCUGUGUUACUGGCUACUUAUAAUAAGGAGAAAAAGAGUUGCUCGUUCAUUAAAUCGGCACGUGGAACGUGAAAGAUAGUUGUUUUGUCAAUGAAACGAGUUUUAAAAAUAAAUUGAAUAAAUAUCUGCAUAAGUUAUAUAGAUUCAUUAUAACCUUAAAGUUUCAUGGAACAUCGUAAAAAUGGUGAGACACAAUAAUCAAUUACCAGAUAACCUUCCACAACUGCAAAAUCUUAUUAAACGUGAUCCAGAGUCUUAUAAAGAAGAGUUUCUUCAACAGCAUCAGCAUUACAAAUCUACUUUAGAAGUUUUCCAUCUGGAACCGACACAAUAUAACAAAAAUCUUGAUGAAUUGGUAACCUUCUUAGCACAGGUAGCCCAUUGUUAUACAGAGGAUCUAAGAACAUAUCCUCAAGAAAUUGUUGAUAUAUUACAAACUCAUAAUACCAUAUUAGACAAUGAAAUGCGAAUGACAUUUUGUAAAGUAUUGAUCCAGCUACGCAACAAAUCCCUCUUAGAACCUACUGCGCUUCUCAGUUUAUUUUUUGAGCUUCUAAAAUGCCAAGAUAAGGCUCUGAGACAAUUCCUCCAGACGCAUAUAAUCACGGAUGUUAAGAAUAUCAAUGCAAAGCGCAAAAAUGCCAAAGUCAAUACGGUCUUGCAAAAUUUUAUGUUCUCCAUGUUAAAAGAUCCUAAUGCGAGAGCCGUUAAGAUGUCCAUAGACAUUAUGAUAGAAUUGUAUAACAAAAAUGUAUGGAACGACGCCAAGACUGUUAAUGUUAUAGCGACGGGUUGCUUUUCUAAGAUAACAAAAGUAGCGGUCGCCGGUAUGAAAUUUUUCUUGGGAACCGAUCCGGAGGACAAGGAAAGUGACGACAGCGACUCGGAUAACGAGCCAAAUAUGCAGGAAAUUAUGAUGGCCAACAAAGUUAAUAAAAGGACGAAGAAACGUGAGAAGCAGUUGAAGAAAGCUAAACAGUUAUUCGUGAAAGCAAAGAAGAAGAAAUCUAGAGCACCGCAGUACAAUUUUUCAGCGUUACAUUUAAUUCACGAUCCUCAGGAUUUCGCUGAAAAAUUGUUCAAGCAGAUACAGAAGAACAAUGACAGAUUUGAAGUAAAGCUAAUGACUCUAGACGUUAUCUCCAGACUUGUUGGUUUGCAUAAUUUAUUUCUCUUCAACUUUUAUCCAUACAUACAGAGGUUUCUUCAACCACAUCAACGAGAAGUCACCAAGCUUUUACAGUUUGUAGCUCAAGCUUCACAUGAAUUGCUACCACCAGAUGUGCUGGAACCUGUUUUGAAGACCUUGGUCAAUAAUUUUGUAACAGAGAGAAAUUCAGCGGAUGUGAUGGCUAUCGGUUUGAAUACUGUGCGCGAGAUAUGUACACGAUGUCCACUGGCCAUGAACAGAGACCUGCUUGAAGACUUAACACGAUACAAGCAAUACAGAGAACGUUCCGUGAUGAUGGCUGCCCGUUCUCUAAUUGGCACGUUCAGACGCAUUAUGCCCGACUUGUUGCACAAAAAAGACAGAGGCCGUCCUACGGAAGCUAAUGUUGUGAUAGAAGCACCCAAAUACGGCGAAGUUCGAGCGAGUGAGUUCGUACCAGGAGCGGAAGUUUUAUUCGGCAAGCAUACUGAGAAUACCGAAGAAACCGAUAACAGUGAUAGCGAAGAUGAUGAUGAAUGGAUCGAUGUGAAUCAUAGCAGCGAUGAAGAGGUCGACAAUGGCGAGGAGUCGACGGUCGAUGCAAAUCAAUCGGUCGAAUCUUCUGCUAGCGACGAUGACGAUGAUGAUGAUGGUGAUGGUGAUGAUAAUGAAGAAGAAGAAGGAAAAGGAGAAAGUAACGACGAUAAUAAUUUAGCAUUACCCCGUAAUGAGAAGAACAACACAAAGAAUGAUUGUGAAACAAACAGCGAAAAAGGAGAACCAGACGAAACUUUGCGAAAGAAGUGCGUUUUAACGAAGCAGCAAAAGAAGGCGCAAAAACUAGAAAAGAAGGCAAAGCAGAAGGCAGAACAAAACGAAGAGUUGACGGCUGAGAAGAAAACGAAAGCAUCUUUGAUAUCUACCGAACGAUUGCUCACAGAUGAAGACUUUAGGAAAAUCGACGUAGCGUUAGUGAAGCGAGAAGUAACGUACGCUAAACGUGGCGUUAAAAGGACGCACGAUCAAAUCGAGACAGAUAAACAGGGUGGAGAACUGGUCAAACUUAGCGACAUAGAAAAUAUAUAUAAAAAACACAAACACGACAAAGCAGCCCGAUUGGAAUCGGUGAAGAGGGGGCAGGAAGCGAGAGGAAAGUUCGGUUAUAAGGACAGCCGACAAAAUCCGCUGUGCAGUAAAACAAAUCGUGAGAAGAGGAAAGGGAAAGCGUUUCAGAUGCUGAAACACAAGUUCAGGGGGAAGGUCAAACGAUCCUUUAAGGAUAAACAGAUAGCUCUUAAGAAUCAUCUGUUGAAGCAGAGGAAAAUGAGAUAA